UGAACCCGGAACCCUCUAGAUAAAUAUCCUCAAUUUAAAUAGAAUAAUAACUAUAAAAUUAUAAAAACUUUUGCCAGACUAGCCGGACUGUGGCUGGCUAUCAGCCAGUGUAAAAUUAUUUACUAAAAAAAUAAAAACAGAUUUAAAAAUGAGUAAGCAUGAUAAAAGUAAGCACAUUUAUAAUGCACCUAUUACACGUGCAACCAGCAAGCUCUGUGUGACUUCAUUCACCUAUUUUUGAACACAACCGAAAGACGUGGAGGCCACUGUGACUAAGCUCCCGAAAUGUACAACAGCAAACUUAGUGUUCGGUUACAUAAACACAGUAGCAUCUUUUCCCCCCUAGCCACUAACAGACAGCUUGACAGCCAGUUGCAUGAGCGUCAGCGUCUGAAGAGGGGUGGAACCUUACAUCCACUACAUGUAAUAGACAGAGCUGAAGUGUAACAGAUCUAAGUUUAACACAGGUCAGAGAGUGAGCCACAAUUGGGAACAGUGAACUAUCUGGAACGCAUUGCCUUCCCCAGCUGAGGUCCGCCGAAGACUACUGAUUUUGGAGAACUUUUUAAUAUAUGCCCUUAUAUUUUUUGUAGUGAGUACAUUAAUAGGGAAAAGAUGAAUAUUCAAAACUGUGCUAGGUGUGGAUUUGUUGUGUAUCCUGCUGAAAAGGUUAAUCUCAUUGGUCAGAACUGGCACAAAGCAUGCUUUCACUGUGAGAUCUGUAAGAUGGUUCUUACAGCCAAUAAUUACAUCAGCCAUCAGAAGAGGCCAUAUUGUCAAGUACACAAUCCAAAGAACAACACCUUUACUAGUGUCUAUGAAACCCCUGUCAACAUUAAUGCCAAGAAACAGGCACAAGCUGUCAGUGAGAUUAAAUAUAGAGAGGAUGGUGAACGCUUCAUGUCCACCUUCCACUAUGACAUGUCCAAAGAGAUAGAGCACGCUCGUAAGGCCAGCCAAAUGACCAGCCAGGGCUACAAUUCUGAAUUUUCAGAGCAGCAGGUAUGGUACUCGGGGAGCGCAAGCAGCCAGGAGGUAGUUCGCAUGUCUCAGGCACAGAAAAUCAUCAGUGAUGUGGAGUACAAGCGUGGCCAUGAGGAGCGAGUGACACAGUUCACCUCUGUAACUGACACACCUGAGAUGCUACAUGCUAAGACUGGAACUUCACUGGCAAGCGAUGUGAAAUACACAGAGGGGUAUGAGCAAUCCAAAGGAAAAGGCAGCUUCCCGGCCAUGCUCACUCCAGCUUACGAAGUGGCCAAGAAAGCCAACACUCUGGCGAGCAAUGUCGAGUACAAGAAGGGACACGAGGAUAGGGUUUCAAAAUACACCACUGUGAUAGAUACACCUGAGGUACUACUGGCUAAAAGUCAAGGAAAGAUUGCUAGUGAUGUUGUCUACGUGGAGGAAUAUGAACAGCAGCGGGGGAAAGGAAGCUUCCCUGCUCACUUUACUCCUGGUUACCAAGUGGCCAAGAAAGCAAAUGAAAUGGCUAGCAAAGUUAAGUACCAACAGAGGUAUGAACAAGAGAUAAAGGGUAAAGCUUGCACUGAUGCUGGAGCAGCUGAGUUCACUUUGGCUAAAGAAAAUGCGGAAAAGUUUAGCCAGCAUGCCUAUACAGAGGAAUAUGAGCAGCAGCGAGGCAAAGGAAGCUUUCCAGCUAUGAUCACUCCUGGAUACCAGAUGGCCAAGAAAGCCAAUGACAUGGCCAGUGAUCUGAAAUAUAAGAAGGACCUGAAUAAGAUGAAGGGCUCUGCCUCUGCCUACCAUUGCUUGACCUCUGAAGACAACCUGGCUCUGAAGAAUGCCUGCAAGAUCAACAAGCUCGUUAGUGAGGUUGAAUACAAGAAGGAUCUCGAGAACACAAAAGGACACAGCAUCAACUAUUGUGAGACACCACAGUUUAAAAAUGUGUCCAAGAUUGCCCAGUAUACCAGUGAUAAUAAAUAUAAGGAGAAGUAUGCAAAUCACAUGAAGGGUCACUAUGAAGGAACUGGGCUUGACAAGAAAACUAUGCAUGCCAUGAAAGUUAGAAAGCUGGCCAGUGAUAUUUCUUAUAAGUCAGAACAUGAACAGGAGCAGGGUGAAUACAACUAUCCUGCUGAAAUCACCCCAGGUUAUCAGGCCCAGAAGAAACUGGAGCCUCUCAAAGAUAAAAAUUAUAGACAGCACAUUGACAAGCUGAAAUACAGUCAGGUGACAGAUACUCCUGACAUCGUUCAAGCCCGAAUCAAUGCACAGCAACUUAGUGAUUUGAACUACAAAGCCAACUAUGAGAAAUCUAAGACCCAGUAUACCUUAUCUCAAGAUACACCACAGCUUAAGAAAGCCAAAGCCAAUGCAGAGCUCAUUAGCGAUAUCAAGUAUAAAGAGGAGUGGGAGAAGAAUAAAUCUAAAGCGUGUGACAUUGGUGUGGACACACUGACCUUCAAAGCUGCUAAAGCUUCAAGAGAUCUGGCCAGUGAUAUUAAAUACAAAGAGACAUUUACAAAGAACAAGGACAAAGCAGUUGGUGUGAAUGUAAGUGAUUCGAAGACUCUCCACUGUCUUCAAGUGGCCAAGUUGAGCAGUGAGAUUGCCUAUAAGAAGGACUCAAAGGAGACUCAGACCAAGUGUCACCUGCCUAUGGACAUGGUGAAUCUAAACCAUGCGAAGAAGGCCCAAGCACUGGCCAGUGAUCUGGACUACAGGAAGAAGCUUCAUGACUACACCAUCCUGCCUGAUGACAUCAAAGUGCAGCAGGCUAAGAAGGCCUACAACCUGCAGAGCGAUAACCAGUACCGCUCUGAUCUGAUCUGGAUGAAGGGAGUGGGCUGGGAGGCUGAUGGUAGCCUGGAUGUUGCACAGGCCAAGAAAGCAGUAGAACUUGCAAGCGAUCAAAAAUACCGCCAAAAGGUGGACAGGGUGAAGUUCACCCAGGCAGCGGACACUCUGUCCAUCAAACAUGCCAAGAAGAGCCAGGAACUGCAGAGUGAUCUGGCAUACAAAGCAGGCACGGAGCAGAUCAUCCAUAAAUACACUGCAACCAAGGAUGAACCUCUCUACAGGCAGGCCAAAGCUAAUGCAGAGCUUCUCAGUGAUAAAACCUAUAAAAGUAGUUGGGAGGCCCAGAGGGACAAGGGCUUUGAGCUGCGCAUGGAUGCACUGUCUAUCCUUACUGCCAAAGCUAAGAGGGACCUUGCCAGUGAUGUAAAAUACAAGCAACAAUAUGAGAUGACAAAAGGAAAGAUGAUUGGGGUGAAGAAUGUGACAGAUGAUUCUCAGUUGGCUCACUCAACACUGGCCACUAAACUCCACAGUGACCGCAAUUAUAAGAAAGCAUAUGAGGACAGUAAGACCAGAUAUAGUGCAUCACUUGAUAUGAUGACCAUCAGUCAAGCUAAAAAGGCCCAGGAUCUGGCUACAGAGACCAACUACAGAACUUUCCUGCACGAGUACACAAGCCUGCCCAGUGACAUGAAAGUGGAUUGGGCCAAGAAAGCCUAUGGCCUACAGAGUGAUAAAACCUAUCGGUCAGAUCUGAACUGGAUGAAGGGUGUUGGCUGGGAGACUUCUGGAUCUCUUGAUGUAAUGCAGGCUAGGAAGGCUGGCAAUAUCAUCAGUGAGAAAAAAUAUCGUCAGAAUGUGAGUGGUCUGAAAUUCACCAGUGUGGAGGAUACACCAGAGAUGGUGCAAGCCAAACUCAGCAACAAACUGGCACUAGAUAGGUUGUACAAAGAGAAGGGCGAGAAUGAGAAGCACACUUACACACUCACAGAAGACCUUCCAGAGCAUGUGCAGGCUAAGAUAAAUGCUAUGAACAUCAGUGAGGUGAGCUUGUUUAAAUGUGUGCUUUGCUGUUUCAGUGCCACCAUCGUUCCUCACCUUAAUGUGCACUUAUUUAAUGUUCUUUCUUGUGUGUUUAUUUUUAAGACACGCUACAAAGAAUCAUGGACAAAACUCAGAGACGCAGGCUACAAAUUACAUUUGGACGCUAUUCCUUUCCAAGCAGCCAAAAGCUCUGGAGAGAUACUUAGCGAUCAAAAAUACAAAGAACAGUUUGAGAAGUCAAAGGGUAAGAUGAUUGGCUUGAAAGGAUUACAGGAUGACAUUAACAUUGCACACUCGGUGCAUGCCACCCAGCUACAGAGUGAUAUUAAAUAUAAGAAAGAUUCUGCUAAGGGACACUCUCAGUUCCACCUCCCAAUGGACAUGUUAGAUGUGGUUCAUGCUAAGAAGGCCCAGGCUCUGGUCAGUGACCAAGACUACAGAUUUACCCUGCACAACUACACUGUUCUGCCUGAUGACCUGAAGGUGCAAGCAGCCAAGAGAGCUUAUGAGCUGCAGAGUGAGAAAACAUACCGCUCUGAUAUGAAUUACCUGCGAGGAGCUGCCUGGAUCGCUACUGGUGCCUUACAGAUAGAAGGCUCCAAACAUGCAACAGAGCUGAUCAGUGAGAAAAAAUAUCGACAGCAGCCAUAUGCAUUUAAGCAUACAUCUGUUGCAGAUUCUCCUGAUAUCGUUCAUGCUAAGUUCAGCAACAAAAUUAGCAAUGAGCGUCUCUACAAAGAGAAAGGUGAGAACCUCAAGCAUAACUACACCAUCACAGCUGAACGUCCAGAGAUCACCCAGGCCAGGAUUAACACUGCUAACUUCAGUGAUACCAAGUACAAAGAGUCCUGGCACACUCUGAGAGCUCAGGGAUAUAAACUGACAAUGCAGGACAUUCCCUUCCAGGCAGCCAAGGCAUCCACAGGCAUUGCCAGCGAUUACAACUACAAGCAUAACCAUUUGUUGGAGAAAGGCAAGCACAUUGGAGCACGGAGUGUCAUGGAUGACUCUCACCUCCUACACUGCCGGCAGAUGGCACGUCUGCAGAGUGACAAGGACUACCGUAAAGAUGUCAUGUCCACCAGUGGGCAGUACCACCUUGGACUAGACCUCAUCAACCUGGUUCAUGCCAAGAAAGCCCAGGCCCUGGCCAGUGACCAGGAAUACAAGACUCACCUCCAUUCCUACACUGUAUUGCCUGAUGACAUGAAGACGCAGUGGGCAAAGAAGGCUUAUGAGCUGCAGAGCCAGAAUAUGUACAAAUCAGAUCUAAACUUCAUGAAAGGAGUGGCCUGGGACUCAGUUGGUGCACCUCAGAUUGAAUCUGCAAGAAAAGCUGGCGAGCUAAUCAGUGAUAAGAAAUAUCGUCAGCUUCCGGGCAAUCUGAAGUUUACCCAGGUGGCUGAUUCCCCUGAUAUCGUCCAUGCCAAGAACAGUUACAUCCAGUGCAGUGAGAGAUUGUACAAGUCUGGUGAUUCUGAGGCCAUGCACAAAUACACCCUACCCCCAGAUCACCCUGACUUCAUCAGAGCCAAGACCAACGCACAGCAGAUCAGUGAUAAAGUUUAUAAGGCAUCAGGUGACCAGGUGAAGUCAGCAGGCUAUGAUUUGAGACUAGAUGCUAUCCCCUUCCAGACAGCCAAGGCCUCUAGAGAAAUUGCUAGUGAUUUCCAUUACAAGGAGGCCUUUGUAAAACAGAGGGGCCAGCAGGUUGGUCUUCUCAGUGUUGAGGAUGACCCCAAGAUGAGACAUUCACUGGCUGUAGGCAAACUGCAGAGCGACAAUGAGUACAAGAAGCAGUUCCAGGAGACACGAUCUCAAUAUAAGAUCCAUGCAGACCAGCCAGAGUUCCUGCAUGCUAGGAAGAACCAGGCUCAAGCCAGUGACAUCAGAUACCGUCAGCAUCUCCAUAACUACACAUGUGACCCACAGCAGCUGAACUUCCAACACGCUAAACAGGCCUACAAGCUGCAGAGUGAUGUGAACUAUAAAUCUGACCUGAAUUGGAUUAAGGGGGUGGGCUGGACUCCUCCAGGAUCACAUAAGGUAGAAAUGGCCAGGAGAGCUGCUGAGCUUGGCCUGGCUGAGGGGCUGGACACUGACCAAGCCAUCUCUAAGUAUCAAGAAUUAAUGAUGCUCCAGCGCCAGUUGCAGUUGGAGAAUCAGCAGCAGAGCUCCUCAGAGGAGGCGGACACUACAGAGCAAGUUCAACAGUCUGUGGUCAAUCCUGAUGCAAUGGAGAUCCUUCAAGUCAAAAGGAAGAAGACCAUCCACACUACUUUCAAACAGGCAAAAACAACAAAGUCCAUGACGGUGCAGUCUGUAACAUCUAGCUCAUCUACAAACCACUCUCUCACCAACCAGUCCUCUGAGAAAAAAUUUAUUACAAAUUAGUGAUGAUUUCAUAAUGUACAGUAGUGUAAAGAAAGCAGUUUACAGUGAGGCCAUGUAGCGGUUGCUUUUCUAUCAGUAAUUCGACAGAGUAAAGUCAGGAAUAUUCUAAAAUGGAGUGAAGAAUAUUCAUAGAAACACAGUGAAUUUCAUCUGAAUGUGACAGUGAUGGAAGAAUUACGAAGGUGGUGUAGAGUAAAUGUAAUGAAAGUAUAUAAAUCCUGUUUGUUGAGGUAUUAAUAGGCGUAUAAGGAGGUUAUGAACUGUAAGCACAGGUGGAAUUAAGUCUUUUGGAGAGUGUCUUGUGCAUGUGAAGAAUGCAGAAUUACUGUAAUGGAAAGGCAAGCACCUUUCUUUUUAUUAAUGAACAAUUGAAGCAAACAGCUUGAAAUAGCUGGAAAAAUUUAUUUAACAGUAGUGUUGGAAGUCAAAUGUAUAACCGCUUUGUGUGUCACAGGUGGACAAUUAUUAUUUUAGACUGCCAAUGGCAGAAGAGUUAUAUAUUAAGAGAUGUUUGAUACAGUAUACUUUUUGCCUGGCAGGUUCAGCUUUUUCAGUAUGCCAAUAGCUACAGAGAUAAGCUUAAUUAAGAGUACAUGCUUGAUGUAUGACUUAUGACAAUGGGAUCCAAACAUAAAGGUUUUUGAAAACUA